AAGAAGCUGUUCCUGGAUCGCACUGCUAUUGGAUACAAAUUUGAAGGGUUUUUGGCUUUGCUUUAGGGACGGUUAAGGCGAAUUCGGAACAACAGAAAAAAGAGUGUUUCGUAAUCUAGAGAAUGAGCGUAACAUGAAUCGAUUAACUAUUAAUGUGCAUGCGCAUAAGUGGUUGCUUAUCGUACGCGACACAUGCAACUACAGCGAAGUAAGUGUACAGAGUAAUUAAGUCACCACCACGAUUUUCCUGGUGGAAGAAGAAGACGUAACAAGGCUCAGGUGCUACCAGUAUACGAAAAUAUUCUCAAAGUUACUUUUUUUCUGGAUAUAACAAUCGACUUUAUCUUGACGAGGUCACGUUCAGAAAGUGGUUUACACUCAUUGAAUAAAUGAUGAACAUUUGUGCAAAGAUGACGUACAGUGGAAUCCUAAUGUUCUUGUGUAUGAAACACAGAAUAUCUUCAUGCGUGCGUUACGCAUAGUUAAGAAAGCAAAGAAGAUCACCUCGUAUGCCAAACGGCAGAGAGAAGCUCCUCAUGAGUAACUGAAGUCUGUGUUUCCAACUUCUAAUGUGUCACUGAAAUUAAAUCAAGAUGCACCUCAGUUUUGUGUUUUGUGGAGUUCUUAUUCUUAUCAGUGAAAGCGUGGCUUCUGAAGAUCAACUUAUGUUGCGUCUGGUCGAUGGAGACAGCAUAUGCUCUGGGAGAGUGGAGGUUCUCUACAAUGACACGUGGGGGACAAUUUGCGAUGAUUACUGGGAUAUGGCAGAUGCUGUCGUCGUCUGCCGGCAGAUAAACUGCGGGUUUGCUGAAUCAGCAAGAGGCUCAUCUCAAUUCGGCGAAGGUAUAGAUGACAUCUGGUUGGACGACGUGCGCUGCGUAGGAACUGAGACGAACAUCCGUCAGUGCAAAGUCAGGCAGAUUGGGGAACAUAACUGCAAUCACGUGGAGGACGCUGGCGUAAUAUGCAAUACUGAUCACCCACCGAAGCCAACCAUCUACAAUGGGAAAGUAACAGAUAUUUUUAUGAAAGGAGAAGACCUGAAGAUAAAAUGUAGCACUCAAGGUUUCUACACUUCGACAAAGUUUUACCUCUUCAAAGACAACGACAAUACGCCCAUCCUAACGAAAGAACCCAGAACAAGGCAUUACACUGCGACCUUUGUAAUAUCGAACAUUACAGAAGCAAAUAAAGGGAAUUACAGCUGCAGUUACGAUUCCGAAAUUUCUGGGAAAGCAUUUAGAUCCGUGAAGAGUGACAACGUAAACGUAAUGUUAAAAGAAUUUCUGCCGCCACCUGACUUUAUCCAUAAUCGGAUUCCUAGUGUUAUAGUGGAAGGACAGGACGUCACUUUACUAUGCGACUCGCCAGAUUAUUAUGAAAAAUGCAAAUUCUAUCUGUACAAAGACAACGAAACUAACCUCAUUAGUACCCAGAUAGCAAAAGACGAGUUACACCAGACUUUGUUUAAUAUAACAGAGAUUAAAAAAAGCGACGAGGGAAGUUACUACUGCAAAUAUGAAGUAUUUCUGUCGGAAAAUCUUCGCUGCAACUCGUCGUUGAGCAGUGCCAUAAAUAUUACAGUGCAAGAAGGUGUAAAGCUCAGACUUGCAAAUAAGGAUAAAGAAUGCGAAGGAGAAGUGGAGAUCUACUACAAUGGUACCUGGGGGAAAGUCUGCGGAAACAGCUGGCAAAUUUCAGAAGCGCAGGUAGUGUGCAGGCAUCUGGGCUGUGGGUUCGUGAAGAACGCCUCCCCUAGUGAACGCUAUGGGAUGGGAGAUAACGAAGUCCGACUGAACUACGUCCACUGCCUGGGUACCGAAACGCUUUUGUGGAACUGCCUUACGCUGUCCUGGACAGAGAACAUCUGCUUCGGUCACUACAGAGCGGAAGUAACUUGUUCAGAGCAGCCCCUGAAACCAUCCAUUUCAAUAUUCCGUUCACCAAGUAUUUACAUGCCGGGUGAGAACGUGACAGGUCGGUGUACGUUAUCCUCCUUCUACGCCGGCAGUCGGAUGUUCCUCCACAGAUUUGGUGAGAAGAAACCCCUAUUGUCUUUGCCGAUACCGGAUAACGAAAUAUCGGUGAACUUCACAGUCGUCAAUGUUCAGACAACGCACUCCGGAAAUUACACGUGCAGCUACGAUGUAGAUGUUGCAGAGUUGGUCUUCAGCUCGGAACACAGCGAUCAGCAAACAAUAACUGUGAAAGAUGGGCCGCCUGAGCCCGUUCUAUCCACGGAUAAGGAUCCUCCAAGUUAUCUUCCGGGCCAGGAAAUAACCCUGCAGUGCAGUGCGCCGAACUAUUUCCAGGUUACCAGUUAUUACCUGUAUAAAGACGAUAAAAAGAACUGCAUCAGGUCCCAGGCUAGCACUAUGACUGACAACUUCGUAGUGUUCAAAAUCAUGGCUGAAAGUAACAAGGACAGUGGUGAUUACACUUGUCAGUAUGAAACCAACUCAUCGGGACAGAUGUACAAUUCAUCACACAGUGAGCUCAUAAAAAUCACAGUGGUUGCCGAUAUAAAACUGAGACUGGUCAAUGGCCCAGAUCCAUGCUCUGGAAGGAUUGAAUGUUUUGUGAACGGAACAUGGAUGACAAUUUGCGCUUCGUAUUGGGACCUCCGAGAUGCAGACGUUGCCUGCAGGCAGAUGCAUUGCGGAUUUGCUCGGUCAGCGACACGGAGCGGAGAUUUUGGGGAAGGGGAUGGGGCAGCGUGGGCGGAGAGCUUCGACUGCAAAGGCACAGAGACCUAUUUGUGGGUAUGUCCCUACGAAACGGUUCAGCCACAUUUGUGUCCCAUGAAAAACGACGCUGGAGUUAUUUGUUCAGAUCAACCGCUGAAACCACGUAUUCACAUGAAGAGGACGAAGGGAUUAUUUUCUCAAGGGGAAAACGUAACGUUGGACUGUAUUUCGCCGUCAUUUUACGAAGGUGCUACGUUUUACCUCUACAAAAUCGGCCAGCCUGCCUACGUGAAAUCCAUCAAAGCAGCAGCGAAUUCGAAUGGAAUAACUUUUGUCAUCACACAAAUCAACACUGGACACGAAGGGUUCUACACUUGCAGAUAUCAGGUGGAAAGAGAUGGAAGGCGGUAUACAUCCGAUGAAAGUGAUCAAGUACAAGUCAUUGUGAUAGAUAAACCACCAAAGCCAACAGUUGAAUUGUUAAGGUCAUCUGGCGUAUUCUCAAUAGGCGAGACGGUGGGCGUGAGGUGCUCGGCGCAAAGUGACUACCUAGGUGUGACUUUUAUCUUAUCCAAGGUGGAAAACAGUGCCUACCUCACCGCAGCCAUUGCGAAGACACCAGGAUUCUCCACGAUUUUGUAUCUUAAAGACGUACGGCCCAAAGACCAGGGAGAUUAUAUUUGCGUGUACCAAAUUAAAAGAUCGGGGAAGCUAUAUAACUCAACGCAGAGUGACCGAACGAGACUGAGUGUAUCUACCGAACUGCGGAGUCCACUGGUUUCCCUGAAUCGGCCAUUUGGUCAGUACCUACAGGGCCAGGAUGCUUCUAUCAUAUGUUCAGCCCCCAAGGUAUAUACGAACCUCAGGUUCUCUCUCUACAAAUCAGGUAGUACCAACGUUAUUUCGUCGAUUGGCCCAAUCUCAAAUUGGACUACGGUUCUGAAAGUUAGCCAAAUCGACAGAAGCAAAGAAGGUUCUUACAGCUGUAUAUACCAAACGGACAUAUCAGGCAGACAUUACACGUCAGCUCGCAGUGAAUGGCUCAAUAUAACUUUGACACGCAAACCAGAGGGUGCGAAGCUCACCCUGACGACCAUGUUUGGUUUGUACGUUCAAGGAAAAAGUGUUCGAAUCACCUGCAUUGCUCCCGAGUAUUAUACGACACGUAUGUUUCGCUUAAUUAAGGAUGGCAAGGAUACAGGAAUGGACUGGGUACCCACGCAAUGGACAAACCAUGGCGCUGAGUUCCGAAUUCCGAACGUCACCGUGUCUGAUAGCGGAAACUACACCUGCAUUUAUGAAACCGAAAUAAACGGCAAGGUCUUCAAUUCCAGCUACAGUAACUUCGUGGCGAUAGAUGUUGCGGAACGAGUAGAAAUCCGGCUGCUGAACGGAAGCCAUGCUUGUUCAGGUAGAGUGGAAGUAUUGAACAACAAAACGUGGGGUACCGUCUGCGAUGACCAAUGGCAAGUUGAAGAUGCCCAUAUUGUAUGCAGAGAGCUUGGAUGCGGGCAUGCUAUAUCAGCAAAGAGUCACGCGUAUUUCGGCAAAGGGACGGGUCCUAUAAUCCUGGACGACUUGAACUGCCAAGGGACAGAAUUGUUUCUUUGGCAAUGUCCUUCCCGCCAUUGGGGUCAACAUAACUGUAACCACAAUGAGGACGCUGGUGUAAUUUGUUCAGGUCCAAAGCCGAGAUUGUCGUUGACUCCAGACUAUGACGUUUUUGAAAAGGGGGAGUCCAUCACAUUCAAAUGUACAAUACAGAAACAUAAUGCAAGCAAAAGAUUAGAAUUUUUAAGGAACAGCGUUUACCUGUCUCACGAGGAACUGACUCCCCAGGAUGUCUCUGCAACGUUUCACAUCGAAAGGAUUGGAGAGGAUGAUGAAGGAUACUAUUCCUGUCGAUAUACAUACUUAACGGGAGACCAGUGGAUAGUGUCAUCAGCAAGUGACCCAUUGAAACUAGCGUUAUCAGAUACACCUUUACCCAGAAGACGAAAUUCGGCAGGUUCAUCUAAUCGGAAAGGAAUCAUUGGUUUCUCUGUAGCCGUGAUAAUUUCAAUUGUGAUUGGAAUAUAUGUAGUCAAUCGUUAUAGAAAAGCUGGAUAUAUUUGGGACAGAAAAGGAAGCCGGGUGCAUAACUUACAGCCAUUAAUUACCAACCAAGAGGAACAAGACCAUGGGGACGAGAUAGAUGAAGAUAGCUCCAUAUGAGUAGUCUACAUUUUCGCGUACUGGAAAAUAUUUGCAUCACACAAGCGUGCUUUCACUAUCCAGAUGCUCAGUCAUAUUUGUAUAGUAUUUCAUUUUAAAUAAACUAAUUUGCUUUCCAGUA